AUGUCAGCCUCCGCACCAGCAGCGGCGGAUGCGGCGACACCAAACGGGCUGGCCGACACACGCAUGUUUCUCCGACCGCCUCCGUACUCGCUGCGCGGAGAAGAAAGACUCUACGCGAGUGCCAACUCGUGGAACGCCGGCGUACUCCUCGCCGGAUCUCCCCUCGCCGGCAGUAGCACCGCAGCAUCCUCCACGUUGUACCGAAGCGCGAGGGUGAUGAUGGACAGGCCGGACGGCGCAGAGCGCGCAGGCGCCGGCGCAGCCUCGGCGGAGCGGCAGCGCGAACUGCAGCAGCAGUUGCAGCGUGCCCUGGCGCGUCAACGACGGUUAGAGCGGCUGAUGUUCCACGACGGCGAUGACAACGCGGUGGGCGAGGCGGCGGACGAGGAGGAGAGCACGGAGGGCUUUAACGACGAGGACGAUGACGUGGAUGUCGAGCCGCUCUGGCAAUCGUCCCCGCUCACGCAGGUCCUUCUCCCUGGAACCAUUGCCACGGCGGCUGCCCAGCCGUCAUCAUCGCUGCCACAGCAGCCAUCACAAGAGGACCCGCCACCGUAUCGUGUGUCGAGUGUGCACCCUCACGUGCACGUCUCACUGAGUCGCUUUCGGGAAGCGCGUGAAGACGAGGGCGACCUUGGAAUCCGCGCUGACUCGGUGUUGGACGUACCGCGGGAGUGGCGGGUUGUGGGAAGGGUGCGGAACACCACCACGUCGCCCUCCCCGCAGCCCGAUCCCUCGUGGGUACGCCGGCAGCGACGGCAGCAGCGGCGAGGAGGCGGCCGAGGCCCUCAUCAACCCAGUCGGCAUCAACCGUCUGGCUCCGCAGCCACGACGGCGGAGGGCUCCCCCGCACCCACACCGGCAUCCACGACCUCAACGCGAGCCGCAGCAGCAGCGGCGGCAGCAACAGCAAGAGAAGCAUCAAUGACGGCUGCCCAUCGGCACACAGCCUCCACCUCCAACUCCGCUGCGACCGUUUCGCGGUCCGCCGCGAUGGCCCCGACGUCGUCCCAGCGGGGCGGCAGCGGCACCAGCGAGGCGGACACCGACGCCGCUCGCAUGCCGACCGCAACUUCUACCUCCCCCAUCACGACUGCGAUGUCUCCCUCGAUGCUGUCGGUCAUGACCGCGGCACUGCGGGGGCCGUCGUCGAUGUCGCUCUUCGCUCCGUCGCUGCCGCGACACACGGAGAGGGCACAGGAAGCAGAAGGAAGGACGAGACCAGCAGCUGUUGCAGAAGGUGAUGCCGACACGGCUGCGGCGCACGACGCGUCGGUCUCGCCGGUGCUGCCCUCCCCGAUUCGGGCGGUCGCGGUCCGUCGCCCCUCAAUGCCGAGUGCCGCGCUCACGGAUAUCGUGUGGGACAUGACGGUGUGGAAGGGCGACAGCGCGGCGGUGGCGGAUCCAGCGGCUGCUACGGCGGUGGUCUUGCACUGUCCGCGGCUCGCCUCCGCCGCCGCCUCGUCUUUCUCUUCUUCGGCUUCCUCCUCGUCCCCUUCGUGGCGGCGCAGCAGUCCGCAGGUGAACGGGGCGGGUCGUUGCGCGGGUGGACGACGGGUGGUGAGGGCUGUCGAUGACGAUGACGACGACGAUGAUCCACACGUGGGGGUGAAAGAGGCGUCCGCGUGCCGGCAGAGCAGUCCUGCGCCGGCGCAGCUCCCCAACGAAGCCGCCGUGCCACGCCGCCGACGACCAGCGCCGCGGUGGGCUGAGGCGCAAGGCAGUGAAGAAAGGAAAAGGGACGCCGACGGCGAGGAGGUCGCCGAUUCCGUCUCCCUUCCGGCGUCUGGUGACUUCGACUCUCCCUCUCCCGCAGCUCGGUGUGGCAGUGGGCAGGGUAGUGCCCCGUCUAGCGGUGCUUUCCGCGCGUUAGAUGAGGCUGCAGACAGCGAAGUGCCCACCGUCCGUCGCACCAGCCCAGGCGUCAGCGAGCCCUCGUCCAAAUGCACCCGCUCCAGCGCAGGGGAGGACGGAGGCAGCAGUGGUAGCGCGCAAGCCGCCGGUAGCGCCGCCGGGACCGGAGGCGGCGGCGAAGACAGGGAGUCGACCUCGGAGCAUAGUGCAUCGCUGCGCCGCGCCUCGUCGGCCUCCGCCUCUCCCGCACCUCAGCAUCGCUCAACGGACGAUGACGCCAUCCUUUUCCAUGCCACGUCAGUGGGGAAGGAAGCAGUGGACACGCCGCAGGUGACGGCGCCUCGCAGCACGGCAGCAGCAGCGGCGGCAGCUCCAAUGUUGUUCCUCUCAGACAUGCUCCGCCUCUCCUUCUCGCCGGGACGGGACGACGGCAACGAUGGCGAUGACAACGCUGCAGGCGAGAGCAACGACGUGGACGGCGCGUCGUCGUCACCCGUAUCGGGCACAGCACCAGGCCGACGGUACAACUCGAUGAGCGCGGCCACUCCACGAAGCGCAGGCCCCCCCGCGUCACGCUACUUCAGCCGUGUAGAGAGCCACCCAUGUGACACUACAUGUGAAGGCGACCCCGUCUCUGGUGGUGGGACCGAGCGCUACCCGCCGCCUCCGCCUCCGCCGCCGCGCGCCUCCGAUGACGGUGAAAGGACCGUGACAAGAGGAGAGCGCAGCGGCGUGGCGACCACCUCCAUCUCCUCGAGCCCGCCGUCGCCGAAUCGCACAGCCAUUCGGCAUGCCGCCAGUCUGAUGACAGAAGAAGAGGAGGACGGUUACGCGGAGGGAGGGCCGCCGCACUCCUCACUGAUGUCGGCUCGAUCGCCCUUCUAUCCAUCCUCACCAUCGAACUCUGCUGCCGCCGCCGCCUCCCACCUCUUCCCCGCCCUCUCCAUCACUCCGCGGACGCCGACGGGGGUGUCGAAUCGACUGGCCCUGUCGAUGGAUGAGCGCGGUCUGUACGCGUCCACGGCGAGCACGGUGGCGUGGGACACCAUGGCCUCCCUUUCAGUCCUCUCCACAACACCACCACCAGCAGCAGCAGGGGAUCGCCCUUCCUUCGCGCAGCCACGCUUUUCGGAGGACUCCCUUGCGUCCUGCACCACGCGCUCGCCUGCUGCGGCCGUCUUCUCGACGCCUGCCGAGACGCGGCUGAUGUCGCUGCUGCGGGCCUCCACGUGGGCUGCGUCGACGCACCAAGACGAUGACGCUGCGAGUGAGCAACGUGUGGAGGAGGAGGAGGAAGAGAUGUGCACACCGCGUCGCUGCGCGGACUUGGAGAACGUCAGCCACAGCAGUGCCUUCAGCAGCCCCGCGCCGCCGUUGCGGACAAGCGAUAGCAGCCCCUUCCCCAACGGUACGCGAGAGGCGGAUGGUGCUGCGGCUGCGGGUGCAUCGACCGCGAUGAUGCCACCACCGCCGUCCUUUUCGCCUUCUCUUUUUACGGCGAUGGCGCCGCCGCAGUCGUCGCCGUUUCGCGGCUCAGGCUCCUUCCUGCACGUGCCGCCGAGCUGGAGUGCGUGCCACAACAUCACCACCAACGCAGUGGAGGAGGGACGGCCCUCGGACGGCUUCGAGGCGGACAUCCAACUUCUCGCCCGCAUGACACGUAUGACCGUUGGGGGCAACGGCGCUGCUGCUACUGCCGCUGCUGCGCCGCCCAUUCCAUCUACACCACCCAAGCACAACGCAGAGGAGCAGCAGCAACAGCAACAGCGGCGAGUCCCGUCCCCCUCCUCCUCACCGGUUCGCUUUUCUACGAACUCCCUCAGCUUCUUUAUAACGGCAGCAGGAGGUGUCGCUGCAGUAACAGGAGGAGGGAGGAGUCCUGCGGGAGCGAGACGUGACGACGACGACGAUCGAUGCCGCAUGCGCAGCGGCAGCGGGGUGUACGGCAGCGCCGUGGCCAGUCGACGCUCCUGGGCUCCGCGGAAGGCGCGUCCGGGGCGGCGCGGUAAGCAGCCUCGCACCCGGGCCUCUGUCAGCGGUGGUGGUGGUGAUAGUGGGCGUUACGUCUCCUCCUUCGCCUCCGCUGCUGCCUCGUAUUCACGCAAUCCGUACCACCAGCUUCGCUUCACCUCGGAGCUCACCUCGCCCUCGCCGAGUGCGCGGCCCAGCGGGGGUGAUGGAAGCAGCCGCAACAGUGUCAGCGGCGUCGUCCUGCUACCGCAACGACUGACGUUUGGUAGCGCCAUCCCCUCCCUGUCAUCGCAGCUCGCAUCGACGGUGAUCACAUCAGAGGGAGUCAGCGAUAGCGGGGAGCGCUGUUCAACGGCUCUGUCAACGCCCACAGGAAAUGUGUUCCCAACGCCUCAGCAGCAACAGCGACAAGAAAGUCACGCCCGUCUCCACCGUCCUAUUCCGAUGCUGUUCACGCCGAACUCAGCGGCGAUGCUGCUCAGUGCCUUCAUCUAG